AUGACGAGUUCCAUGGAUACUGCGGUCGUAAAUUUCACAGCUUCAUGGUUUGGACCAUCCCGUUCUAUGAUACCGAUCCUGGUAGAGCUUGCUAAGAAGCUGCCCCAUGUCAUAUUCUUCAAGGUGGAUGUUGAAGAUUUGAAGACUGUGACUCGGGAUUUCAAUGUUGAAGCAUUGCCAACUUUUAUCCUUUUGAAACAAGGAAACAUAGUUGACAAGGUUGUGGGGGCAGUGAAAGAUGAAUUGAAGCAGAAAAUAAUCUUGCAUACGUCGAAAGCGUGAAUCGAGGUUGUUUCUGAAACUAGGAUUUUACUUAUGGGUCUUAUGCAUAUAUGUCUCACAGAUUGAUACUGGAAUUGUGUGCAAGAAUCUUUAAUCAGCAUACUAUAGAAGUUGUAUCAUCAAUCUUAUUUGUAUGUUACAGAUGGCUGUUAUAAAUUCA